CUCCAGGGCGCCCCGACCGGGAUGGCGGCGGUUUUGGAGUCGCUGCUGCGAGAGGAGGUGUCGGUCGAAGCAGCGGUACGGUGGAUCGCGCGCAGCACUCAGAGUUCGGAGGAUGACCCUGGGGAGGCAGCCGCUCUGAGCUCACUCCGGCCACUACGGAAAGAAUUCGUCCCGUUCCUGCUGAACUUCCUGAGAGAGCAGAGCAGCCGCGUCCUCCCACAGGGCCCCCCAACCCCCGCCAAGGCCCCGGGCGCCUCGGCAGCCUUGCCAGGGAGGCCAGGAGGCCCUUCGCGGGGCAGCCGUGGGGCGCGCAGCCAGCUCUUCCCUCCCACCGAACCCCCGAGCACCGCUGCCGAGGCCCCUCCAGGCCGCCGCGGGGGCAGGAGGCGGUGCCCCGGACCGGCCCGGGAGCGAGGAGGCCGCGGCCCGGGAGCAGCCGAGGAGGGGGUCAGCGGGGAGAGCCCGCCCUGGGCCGGGGGCCGGAGGCUUAGGAGCUCCGGCAACCCCAGCAGUCCCAGCCUGGCGCUCUCUGAUCCACCAAACCUCAGCAACCUGGAGGAGUUCCCUCCCGUAGGCUCGAUUCCCCCCGGCCCUACAGGCAGGACGAAGCCUUCACGCAGGAUCAACCCAACUCCGGUGAGCGAAGAGCGGUCACUCUCCAAGCCCAAGACCUGCUUCACCUCACCCCCAAUCAGCUGUGUCCCCAGUUCCCAACCCUCAGCCCUGGACACUAGCCCUUGGGGCCCAGGCCUUCCCCCAGGGUGCAGAAGUCUGCAAGAAGAGCGGGAGAUGCUCAGGAAGGAGCGCUCUAAGCAGCUGCAGCGGUCACCUGUCCCCACCUGUCCCACCCCAGAAUCGGGAUCACCAAUCCCUACCCGGACAGGAAACCUCACAGAUGAACCUGCUGACCCUGCCAGAGUGUCUUGCCGGCAGCGCCUGGAACUGGUGGCCCUUGUCUACUCCUCAUGCAUUGCUGAGAACCUGGUUCCAAACCUCUUCUUGGAGCUUUUCUUCGUCCUUCAGCUCCUUACUGUCCGGAGGAUGGUCACUGCCAAGAACAACAACCUUGAACCGAGUCCAGAUGCCCUAGACUUUGUGGAAAACCCACUGUUCCAGAGCAUCCACGAUUGCGUCUUCUUUGCAGUGCGGGUUUUGGAACGUCAGUUUCAGGUCCUUUCCCACCUAGACAAAGGGACCUUGAAGCUGCUUGCUGAGAAUGAGCGGCUGCUGUGCUUCUCACCAGCUCUGCAAGGCCACCUUCGAGCUGCCUAUGAAGGCAGUGUUGCCAAGGUCUCUCUGGCGAUGCCACCCUCUGCUCAAGCUGUCUCCUUUCAGCCAGAGACGGACAAUCGUGCCAACUUCUCCAGUGACCGAGCCUUUCAUACUUUUAAAAAACAGAGGGAUGUGUUUUAUGAGGUGCUUCGAGAAUGGGAAGAUCGCCAUGAGGAGCCUGGCUGGGACUUUGAGAAGGGCUUGGGCAGCAGAAUCAGAGCCAUGAUGGGCCAACUCUCCGCAGCCUGCAGCCACAGCCACUUUGUUCGGCUUUUCCAAAAACAACUUCUUCAGAUGUGUCAGCACCCUGAUGGUGUUGGGGGUCCUGUCUUGGGUGAAACUCCAGAUGUGCUGAGCAUGCUAGGAGCUGACAAGCUGGGACGGUUGCGGCGCUUACAGGAACGGCUUGUGGCCCCUCAGAGCAGUGGGGGACCCUGCCCGCCCCCCACCUUCCCAGGCUGUCAAGGCUUCUUUAAGGACUUCAUCCUUAGUGCCAGCAGCUUCCAGUUUAACCAGCAUCUCAUGGAUAGUCUGAGCUUGAAGAUCCGGGAGCUCAACAGCCUGGCCCUGCCUCAGCAUGAGCCCAGUGAUGAUGGGGAGUCCGAUGUGGACUGGCAGGGUGAACGGAGGCAAUUUGCUGUGGUGCUGCUUAGCCUGAGGCUUUUGGCUAAAUUCCUGGGCUUUGUGGCUUUCCUGCCUUACCGGGGGCCUGAACCACCCCCGACUGGUGAGCUUCAGGACUCCAUUCUGGCCCUCAGGAGCCAGGUCCCUCCAGUCCUGGAUGUGCACACUCUGCUGCAGCAGGGGCUGUGGGCCCGCCGAGCGGUGCUCACUGUGCCCUGGGUGGUGGAGUUCCUUUCCUUUGCUGACCAUGUUGUGCCCUUGCUGGACUAUUACCGGAGCAUCUUUACUCUGCUGCUGCACCUACAUCGGCGCUUGGUCUUAUCGCAGGAGAAUGAAGGGGAGAUGUGUUUCCUGAAUAAGCUGCUGCUCCUUGCUGUCCUGGGCUGGCUUUUCCAGAUUCCCGUAGUCCCUGAGGACCUGUUCUUUCUGGAAGAGCAUCAGCUGGAUGCCUUUGAAGCAGACACCGUAGCCUCAGAGCAUGGCUUGGACAGUGUGCCUGUGGUGGACCAGCAGCUGCUCUACACCUGCUGUCCCUACAUCGGAGAGCUCCGGAAACUGCUUGCUUCGUGGGUAUCUGGCAGCAGUGGCCGGAGCGGGGGCUUCGUGAGGAAAAUCACCCCUACAACCACCACCGGCCUGGGAGCCCAGCCUCCCCAGCCUCCCCAGGGACUGCAGGCACAGCUGGCCCAGGCCUUCUUCCACAACCAACCACCCUCCCUGCGCAGGACUGUGGAGUUUGUGGCAGAGAGGAUUGGAUCGAACUGUGUCAAACAUAUCAAGGCCACACUGGUGGCAGAUCUGGUGCGCCAGGCAGAGUUACUUCUCCAGGAGCAGCUGGUGACGCAGGGACAGGAUGGGGGUGAUCCAGCUCAGCUGUUGGAGAUCUUGUGUUCCCAGCUGUGCCCCCAUGGGACCCAGGCAUUGACCCAGGGACGGGAGUUCUGCCAAAGGAAGAGCCCUGGGGCUGUGCGUGCCCUACUUCCAGAGGAGACGCCAGCAGCUGUUCUAAGCAGUGCAGAGAACAUUGCCGUGGGGCUUGCCACGGAGAAAGCCUGUGCUUGGUUGUCAGCUAACAUCACAGCGCUGAUUAGGAGGGAGGUGAAGGCAGCAGUGAGUCGCACACUCCGAACCCAGGGUCCUGAGCCUGCUGCCUGGGGGGAGCGGAGGGGCUGCUCCCGCGCCUGUGAGCACCACGCUCCCCUCCCCUCCCACCUCAUCUCCGAGAUCAAAGACGUGCUCUCCCUGGCUGUGGGGCCUCGGGACCCUGAGGAGGGAGUGACCCCAGAGCACCUGGAGCAGCUCUUAGGCCAAUUGGGUCAGACGUUGCGGUGCCGCCAGUUUCUGUGCCCACCUGCUGAGCAGCAUCUGGCAAAAUGCUCUGUGGAGUUAGCAUCCCUCCUUGUUGCAGACCAAAUUCCUAUCUUAGGGCCCCCAGCACACCAAAGGCUGGAGAGGGGGCAGACACGGAGGCUUCUGCACAUGCUGCUCGCCCUGUGGAAGGAUGACUUCCAGGGGCCGGUUCCACUCCAGCUGCUGCUGAGCCCAAGAAAUGUGGGGCUUCUGGCAGACACACGGCCGAGAGAGUGGGAUCUAUUGCUGUUCCUGCUCCGGGAGCUGGUCGAGAAGGGUCUGAUGGGACAGACGGAAAUCGAGGCCUGCCUGGGCAGCCUCCAUGAGGCCCAGUGGCCAGGGGACUUCUCUGAAGAAUUAGCAACCCUAUUUAACCUGUUUUUGGCAGAGCCCCACCUGCCAGAACCCCAGUUGCGAGUUUGUGAACUGGUGCAGCCAAACCGGGGGGCGGUGCUGGCCCAGAGCUAGGACUGGAAAGGGGCCCUGCCUUGAGUGUCUCACCAGAGCUCUGGAACCCUGCCUGGGCCUCAGCAGGAGGCCCGAGAGCCUAGCGCCACCCCUGGUGCCCAGUGCUGGCCGUCACUGGUGUGAGAGUAGCAGGGUCUAGAACCAGAACUCCUGCUCAGAGGUGAAGCAAACGUGGGGCUGCUUGGCGUCCCACUGACUGCAGGCUUCCUGCCCAAAUCCUCAAGGAAGGAGCAUUCACCUGACCUGAUUCAGGAUUAUGGUGGAAAAGCCUAGAGACUCCAGUUCUGGAGAAGAGUUGGCGUUCAUCACUCAGAUACUAAAUGAGUGGGCUUGUGGACAAAGGAGUCGAGCCUCACUUGCUGCUGUCCCAGCAGCUCUUAAGACUGUGGUCUGGGAAAUCAUGACAGAGGUAUAUGACUUCUGCUUAACACGUGAGGAAAGUUAAAGCACGAAGCUUGGGAGUUGCAUUUUUUAACCACCAGGAGCUGAACUGCCAUCUCCUUAAAAAUGCACAACAGAUAAGGUAGGACUCACCCAACUAAAACCUGGCUUUACCCCUGUACCCUCAGCUGCUGUGCAGGUAGAAACUCUUUAGGCCUCUAAUUCUGUCCAAGGACCAAGAACAAGGCAGAAUAUUAGAGCAUUGAAAAUAAACUGUUUCCUUUAA